AUGCCGCCACGCGCUGCGUCGUCAUCCAACAUAGAACCUCAGAGGUAUCGAGUCUUCAUCCCACCUUCGUCGCGGGCGCGACACACGCGUACGACUUGGCUACGGAGGGACGAGGAGUGGACGAGGAGUGAAGAGAGCGCCGAGUCUCCGAGAUGGCAACAGAGCGCCACAUCCUCGGACCAUGCUGCCUCUGUAUCGCACACACGCUUCAAUCCGCUGCCGACAGUCAGAAAAUCUCUCUUUUCAGCACAAGCUAUCGCCGGUCUUCCAUCUCGCGUACUCACUAACGCGCAAGUCUCUCCUCCGCAGACUACUCCUGGACAGGGCAGAGGACAGAGCGUGCACAAGACCAGCCCACAGGAAAGACAAGAAGGCGAGGAUAUGACGAGCUGGACUGAGACUUUCGUGCGCGGACUAGUGCAGCAAGAGGCGGACGCCACCAGAGAGGCAGCAGGCGCCGUCAGAGAAGCAGGAGGAGAGGCCGACAUGACAAACAGACCAUUCAGUAUCGGGACUGUAGCAGUGGGAGAUGCUCUGCGGGCGGUGAACGCCGAGGAUGAGGGCGUGGCAGCGGUACAGAUCUUGGCGGAUGCCUAUCGCUCUGGCACACAGGCCGACGAGGCGAUUGGAGAUGCUCUGCGAGCUACGACGCCGGAGGAGGAACUGCGGAUCGACGAGGACGAUGAGCGGGAAGACAGCGGCAAUGGUCAGCAUCAGCAGCACACGAGAGAAGAGGACGACUCAGUAACCACAAGUCGAGUCAGAUUCGUCACUGCCAAGGCAAUAAUGGCUUCAACGCAGCUUGCGACAGCCCAGGCAAAGACGACCCGAGUGCGACCGCCAUUGGUUGUGAUAGGCAGCCAGGACAGCGCCAGAGGAGAUCUUCAAGAUGACGAAGCCCGGCAGACGGAGCACGCAGAACUUCCCAAGGGUAGUCCUGCCAAGAGGGCAGGAGGGCGCGUCGUGAUGAUUCCGCCGCCUCCUGCACCUUCGACUGGCGACCCAAGCCUGCACAGCAACGCGGCGCAAGAGCACUCGAUGGAGAGCUAUGAAAGCAGGAGCUACGCGUCUGCGUCGUGCCCAUCAAACGUCGGCUCGCAAUCUAUGGACCUGAAUGCUACAGCUCAGCAAGCACUACAGCGCCUCUCUCAGGACAGCCAGUCUAACAGCCUUGACGCGGCGCUGAGAGUAGCCGCAGAGACGACAAAGGGCGGCACAUCAGCGGUACAAGGGCGUCAAACCUGCAUUCAGAGGUCAACACAGCAGCCAAUGUGCUACGACGGUAGUCACACCACUCUGGCCGCGAGUGCUGCUCGCCAUGCUGAGCUUACACAUCGCAGCGAGAGAUCGCACUCUGAUGGCGACGCUGGGCGCAAAAGGACGCGACCCAUGCUCAAUGACGACCCCAGCGAUUGUCACUCUGUCAUGCGUCUCGUCAAGGCCCCUCGUGUAGAGACGUCUCCUCCUCGAGUACCAUCGCGCCGCUCAGGCCUCGUUUUUGUCGAGCCCAGAACUGCGGCACCGUCCAAGACGCCUCAGACGCAGCGUCGGGAUGGCGAGCCCAGCCGCUUCGUGGCCCACUCCACCAUUGCCUCCAAUAAUAGGCUUGUAUUCGUCCAGCCGGCAUCUACACCGGGCAAAGGGCAGUGCCGCAGCUUGUCGACGAGCGACCUUCCCCCGCGAACUGGCUGUAUGACCGUCGACGAGAGCAGUCGCGCAGGGCUGAACAGCGAGUCAUCGCGUCCGCCAUUACCACGACUUCGCUCAUCGCGACUGUCUGUCGCACACUGUCCCGAGUCGAUGAUGUCUGCGUCGACGGAUGCCUCGAUGACGUCGUCGUCCAAUGGCGUCGAUUCGAUACCACCGCCACCAACGCUGCGCUUCGACCCGUCCUCGGUCACGUCGCUCUCGACCGUCGCAAGGCAGCCGCAACUCUUUCUGCCCGACCAUCUUGGUGGCCCACGCGGUCAGACAUCGGCCGUACGCUUCAACGUCCUCGCUCUGGUUCGCGAGAUUGGGUCGCUCGACGAGGUGAAUGCAAAAGUGUACCAAGGCGGCAAGCUGAUCGAGGGCAGGCUGGAGAGGACGUUCCGUAGUCACCUGAUUUUGCAAGACGGGAGAGAUGCGGCGCUACUCAAAGUGAUGCUGUGGGGCGAAUGCGCGAGGGUUUGGGCAUCCUUGGAGGGGGAUGACAGCGGGGCAGAUGAGUUUUCACUCGCAGCUGGCACGACGGCUGCUGGGAUGUCAACGCUGCUGCGAGAUGGGCCACGUGUGGGAGGGACAACUCAAGCAGCGCUGCGGACGGGCGAUGUGGUCUUCCUGGAGUCGAUUGUGCUGACGAAGAGCGACAAGGGCUACGAAGGGUCGGCCUCGCCACGCACUGCGUCAAGCCUCGAGCUGUGCUGGCGGUGGGAUGCGAGGAGCGAUCGAGACAGGCGGCGAUAUGCAUUUGACCCGGAGCUGGCUGUACUCGAUCGACGAUGCAGGGACGUGUGGCGGUGUGCUCAGCUGUGGUCGUAG